CAUAUUUGAUUAGUUUUCAAUUAUCGACGAUUGAGUACCGGGGACUCCCAUACGAAACUUGCUAACGAAAUAAUAAUACUGGAAUUAUCGAAAAAUGUGUUAACAAGUUUUCUAUUCUAAUUGUAUAAAAUAAUAAUUUUUCUUCGAAACGAUUAAUCAAUGACAUUACGAAGUAUGAAGAAGAUUUUUAUAUAAAUUCAGAGUUAUCGGCGAUUCUACUUCAAUAUUAAGUAAUCAGCUAUCUUGAAGCCGUCUAAUUACAACCACUGUAACCAUGUAUCAGAAGACACGGAGUUAUCCACUCGCAAUAUUAGUAAAAACUCUGUUAGUCACUUUGGCAGUUGCCAGAGUAAGCGGCACUUUCAAAAAGAAUCCAUUUCUGCCACCCGCCCCGCAGCAGCCUUCAUAUUAUCAUCCAGCGCCGGCUCCGCCACCAGUUGUUUAUCACCCAGCACCUGCACCGCCCCCAGUGGUUUACCACCCAGCGCCAGCGCCACCACCACCACCACCACAGCAGAGGCCGCCUCAAAUCAUCAUAGUACCUGUGCAAACGUAUCCCGCACAUCCAGCGCCACGACCGGCACCUGUUCAUCCCGCCCCGCCGCCACCGCGUCCAGUACAUCCACCACCACGUCCAGUACACCCACCAUCACAACCAAUACAUCCAGCACCAGUCUAUACACAACCUGCACCACCAACGAAAGUGAUCCAACCAACUUUGGUUAUACAGCCAAUUCUAUAUCCUGGUGGCAGCGGCGGCGGUGGUUCUGGUAAAGGCGGUGGAAGAAAAGGUGGUAAAGGAUGCAACUGUCAUGGCAAGUAAAAAAGGUGAACCAGAUGUUCAAAAUAAUAGUAACAUAUUUAAAAGUAAACUUAAAGCUACAUAAAUAAAUCGUAGACAUUACUAUUGCAAA